AUGAAGCUGACAGCGGCAAGAAGCUUUGUUCAGCAUCGUCUCAUUGCUCAUGCUGCUCGAAGCCCAAGCUCUUGCUGGUUAUCAAGAACGGGUCCAUGUUAUCUCUUGGGCUCAGCAAGCUGGCGUGAGCACAAGGAAGCAGGUUAUUCAACAGAAGCAGGAAGGCCACGUACGGUAUCGACAGUCCAAAAGAAGAAACGACGCGAACUUAUUACACUGGAUGCCACAAAGAUUGUUCCCUCCGGCCAACGCACAUAUGACAUCUCAGGCUACCAAAAACCUUCGUUCAAAGUGACACAGCUGGAUCCGCCUCAGCGUAUCAUCACGUAUUACCUGUACAACGUCAGACCCCUCCCCUUUCCGCCUGGGUCGACGGGAGUGUUCUAUUACCACCCACCUGCCCCUGGUGCUCCGGUUCUCAGCGGCGAGCUACGUUUCAAGCUAUGCAGGGAUCCCGCCUUCUUUCCAACCUCUCCCGACCUCCAGCUCCCUGACAAGACGAAGCCGUGGUCGGUGAACCUAUAUACCUUGGUGACGACACCUUGGUGGCAACCGCUUGGACGGCUGCUCGUUCAUGAGGGGCUCGUGUCGCCUGCUGUGGUCGACACGAUUGCCGCCCUACCGCGGCUGCACUACACCAACGACUCACGGACCUUGUACUCGCUCGACCAGCCGUUCGAAAUUAAUCUAACGCACGUAGGCACAUCGUUUGCGUUGCUCAGCCUAGGGUUCGCUAUGAAUGUAGAGAUUUGCCGACUGUACGUCACAAGGCAGGGCCACGCCCUGCCUUCACGGGCGCGCUUCGAACUUUCCGCCCUCCCCGAACACGCUGCCCAAGGACCGACACUCGUCCUACGAGUCCUGGAGCUGCUGACCCCAAUCGAGUGCCACAUUCCCGGGAUGGUCUCAGAACCUCGGCCUGGAGAAUUACUCUAUAAGCGUAUCCGGAACAAGCAUUACGCAUGGUCUCUACCCCUCGAGAAGCACGCCCUUGCGCCCGCAUUUAGAGAGUUCAUUGGCCUACCCCCCUUGCCCGCGGACAAGCUUCGCGUGAAAGGAUACACCUCCGCCCCACGAUACGUCCUGACACUUCAUCAGGAGAAGAUGGUAUCAAAGGGUCAAGAAAUGCGUGACAUAUCGGGGGGGUCUACCAUCUCUUUCCGAAUCAGAUUGCAGAACGGCACGGAGGGUGUUUUCAAAGCUGGAUGUGAAAAUAUCUCCUCGAAGCUGGCGCCAUUCCCAGCCAGCAGCAAGGGAGCGUUGUAUUACCGCCGGCCGUCAUCAGGACAGCCCAUUCUGAGUGGCCAGCUUCGUUUUCGCCUCUGCGAAGACGCAGCAACCUUCGAAAAAGGUUCUGACCUCCUCGCCCCCAAUGGUGUGGAGCCCUGGAAUAUACCCCUCCCCCGUUUCGCCAAGAUCGGUCGGAAGGAACCUCCGUUGAACCCGAUCCUGGAAGAAGGUCUCGUCGAAGAGGAGGUUGUAGAUAAGAUUGCAAAGCUGCACUACGCCAACGUCGGCAGGAGGUCGCGCCUUCUGCAUGCCCUUGACUGGCCUUUCGUGAUUGAUCUAUCUGCAACGAGGAUUCGUCUCGGACUCAUCAACCCCUCUAUGUUCGAACUUGUCGAUAUAGUCGAUGUAUUUCGGAUGCACUACGUACCACCUUACUAUGCGGGUCUCGCGAAUGUGCGCUUUGAGCUCUCGACGCUGCCUGAGCAUGCAGGCUCGCAGGUUCUCGUCUUGAGAAUCUUGGAGUUGUGCGAGCCUGUUCGACGCCUCAUCCUAAAUGCUGAGGACAAGAUGCCCGUACCUCAGGCAGGGGCUCUGUUGCACAGAACUUACCGUGGCGGUCAGCCCAAGCUGUGGACAUACAAUCUGGAGAAGCGGGCCGGUGGGGACGCUUUCCAGCGCUUCAUAGCGACGUGUGAGAAGUCAUAG